CACAUGACUUCUCCAUCCGCAGGAGCAAACUUUUCCCGUCCCGCGGCUGGAAAAUGGCGGCUUAGGAGCAGAGUCCCCGCAUCCCAUCCCGGUUCGGCGGCUGCCGUCGCGGCUCCCCAGCGCCUGACUGGCUGAGAGCCUCCCCCAGCGCCAUGACUCGCUGGGUGCCCACCAAGAGGGAGGAGAAAUACGGCGUGGCUUUCUAUAAUUAUGAUGCAAGGGGAGCAGAUGAACUUUCCUUACAAAUAGGUGACACCGUACAUAUAUUAGAAACAUAUGAAGGCUGGUACAGAGGUUACACAUUAAGAAAAAAAUCUAAAAAGGGCAUAUUUCCUGCUUCCUAUAUUCAGCUUAAAGAAGCAAUAGUUGAAGGAAAAGGACAGCAUGAAACAGUCAUACCCAGUGAGCUCCCGCUGAUUCAGGAAGUUACCACAACACUACGAGAGUGGUCCAUAAUAUGGCGGCAGCUAUAUGUGCAAGAUAACAGAGAUAUGUUCCACAGUGUACGACACAUGAUAUAUGAUCUUAUUGAAUGGAGAUCACAGAUACUUUCUGGAACUCUACCCCAAGAUGAGCUCAAGGAAAUGAAAAAGAAAGUGACUGCCAAAAUAGAUUAUGGAAACAGGAUUCUCGAUUUGGAUCUGGUUGUAAGGGAUGAAGAUGGCAACAUUUUAGAUCCAGAACAAACCAGCACAAUCAGCCUUUUCAGAGCUCAUGAAAUAGCUUCCAAGCAAGUUGAGGAAAGACUACUAGAAGAAAAGUCUCAAAAGCAGAACAUUGAUAUUAACAGACAAGCCAAAUUUGCCGCCACACCUUCAUUUGCUUUAUUUGUAAAUUUAAAAAAUGUAGUCUGCAAAAUAGGAGAAGAUGCUGAAGUCCUGAUGUCUCUGUACGACCCACUAGAAUCAAAGUUUAUCAGUGAAAACUAUCUAGUUCGAUGGUCAAGUUCUGGGCUGCCUAAAGACAUAGACAGGUUACAUAAUCUUCGAGCUGUGUUCACUGACCUUGGCAGCAAAGACCUGAAAAGAGAGAAAAUCAGUUUUGUCUGUCAGAUUGUAAGAGUAGGCAGAAUGGAACUAAGAGACAACAAUACAAGAAAACUAACCUCUGGGCUAAGACGACCUUUUGGAGUAGCAGUAAUGGAAGUAACUGACAUAAUUAGUGGGAAAGUUGAUGAUGAGGACAAACAACACUUUAUACCAUUUCAGCCGCUAGCAUUGGAUGACGCCAUUCGACACAAGCAGCUGAACAUAUCAUCCCGUUUUUCACCCAGGGUGGCAGGGGAGAAUGAUUUCCUUCAGACUGUUAUAAACAAAGUGAUUGCUGCUAAAGAAGUUAACCACAAGGGUCAGGGUUUAUGGGUGACUUUGAAACUUCUUCCAGGAGAUAUUCAUCAGAUUAGGAAAGAGUUUCCUCACUUGGUGGAUAGGUCCACAGCUGUGGCUCGGAAAAUGGGGUUUCCUGAGAUUAUUAUGCCUGGUGAUGUUCGCAAUGAUAUCUACGUAACAUUAGUUCAAGGAGAUUUUGACAAAGGCAGCAAAACAACAGCAAAGAAUGUAGAAGUUACAAUAUCUGUUUAUGACGAAGAUGGCAAAAGAUUGGAGAGUGUGAUUUUUCCUGGGGCUGGUGAUGACGCUAUCUCGGAAUACAAAUCAGUGAUCUAUUACCAAGUGAAACAGCCUCGCUGGUUUGAGACUGUCAAGGUGGCAAUUCCUAUUGAAGAUGUGAACCGCAGUCAUUUAAGGUUUACAUUCCGUCACAGAUCAUCACAGGACUCCAAAGAUAAGUCUGAGAAAAUAUUUGCGUUAGCAUUUGUGAAGCUGAUGAGAUACGAUGGAACAACUUUAAGGGAUGGAGAGCAUGAUCUUAUAGUGUACAAGGCAGAAGCAAAGAAAUUGGAGGAUGCCUCAACGUAUUUAAGCUUGCCAUCCACUAAAAUAGAAUUGGAAGAAAAAGGGCACGCCACAACUGGGAAGAGCAUGCAAAGCCUUGGAAGUUGCACCAUCAGCAAAGAUUCUUUCCAGAUUUCUACUCUUGUUUGUUCAACAAAACUCACUCAGAAUGUGGAUCUCUUGGGGCUUUUGAAAUGGCGAUCUAACACAAACUUGCUGCAGCAGAAUUUGAGACAGCUGAUGAAAGUUGAUGGUGGUGAAGUGGUUAAGUUCCUACAAGAUACACUAGAUGCACUUUUUAACAUAAUGAUGGAGAAUUCCGAGAGUGAGACGUUUGACACCCUGGUGUUCGAUGCUUUGGUAUUUAUCAUUGGACUGAUUGCUGACAGAAAAUUUCAGCAUUUUAAUCCUGUCUUGGAAACCUACAUUAAGAAACAUUUCAGUGCUACUUUAGCCUACACAAAGCUGACUAAAGUUUUAAAAAAUUACGUGGAUAAUGCUGAGAAACCUGGUGUAACUGAUCAACUUUUUAAAGCUAUGAAAGCUCUGGAAUACAUCUUCAAAUUUAUAGUACGGUCCAGAAUAUUGUUCAAUCAACUUUAUGAAAACAAAGGAGAAGCAGACUUCAUGGAAUCCUUGCUGCAGCUAUUUAAGUCUAUCAAUGAGAUGAUGAGUAGUGUCUCUGAUCAAACUGUGAUGGUGAAGGGGGCUGCACUUAAAUACUUGCCAACUAUUGUCAAUGAUGUGAAAUUGGUAUUUGAUCCAAAAGAACUUAGCAAGCUGUUUACAGAUUUCAUCCUAAAUGUUCCAAUGGGCCGGCUCACAAUUCAGAAGCUGUACUGUUUGAUUGAAAUAGUUCACAGUGACCUCUUCACGCAACAUGACUGCAGGGAGAUCUUGCUGCCAAUGAUGACAGAUCAGUUGAAGUAUCAUUUGGAAAGGCAGGAAGACUUGGAGGCUUGCUGCCAACUGCUUAGUAACAUCCUGGAAGUCCUUUACAAGAAAGAUGUGGGACCAACACAGCGCCAUGUCCAGAUAAUCAUGGAAAAGCUACUGAGGACAGUCAAUAGAACAGUCAUUUCCAUGGGACGCGAUUCAGAGCUCAUUCAUGAUCGUAGUAAUUCCCACAGACAAACACUGUGCUGUUACAAAGAGAGGAUUAUGAUCUCAAGGCAAGAGCUAGAGGGAAACUUCGUUGCAAGCAUGACAGCCAUUUUAAGGCAAAUGGAAGACUAUCAUUACGCUCAUUUAAUCAAGACUUUUGGAAAGAUGAGGUCAGAUGUUGUGGACUUUCUGAUGGAAACAUUCAUCAUGUUCAAGAAUCUCAUUGGGAAGAAUGUCUAUCCCUUCGACUGGGUUAUAAUGAACAUGAUGCAGAAUAAAGUCUUCCUGCGAGCAAUUAAUCAGUAUGCAGAUAUGCUAAACAAAAAAUUUCUUGACCAAGCCAACUUUGAGUUACAGCUUUGGAACAACUACUUCCACCUGGCUGUUGCUUUUCUUACACAAGAAUCUUUACAACUGGAGAAUUUUUCAAGUGCUAAAAGAGCCAAAAUACUUAACAAGUAUGGUGACAUGAGGAGGCAAAUUGGGUUUGAGAUCAGAGACAUGUGGUAUAACCUAGGUCAACAUAAGAUCAAAUUCAUCCCAGAAAUGGUUGGACCUAUGUUGGAAAUGACACUGAUUCCUGAAACUGAGCUUCGAAAAGCUACAAUCCCAAUAUUCUUUGACAUGAUGCAGUGCGAGUUUCAUUCUACCAGAAGCUUCCAAAUGUUUGAAAACGAGAUCAUCACAAAACUGGAUCAUGAAGUAGAAGGAGGCAGAGGAGAUGAACAGUACAAAGUGUUGUUUGACAAAAUUCUCUUGGAGCACUGCAGAAAACACAAAUAUCUUGCUAAAAAUGGAGAAACUUUUGUCAAACUUGUUGUCCGUCUCAUGGAAAGAUUGCUGGAUUACAGAACUAUAAUGCACGAUGAAAAUAAAGAAAAUCGCAUGAGCUGCACUGUCAAUGUACUGAAUUUCUACAAAGAAAUUGAAAGAGAAGAAAUGUACAUAAGGUAUUUGUACAAGCUAUGUGACCUGCACAAAGAGUGUGAUAACUACACUGAAGCUGCCUACACAUUACUUCUGCAUGCAAAGCUUCUUAAGUGGUCAGAAGAGGCAUGUGCAGCACAUCUUACUCAGCGAGAUGGAUACCAAGCAACUACUCAAGGACAACUUAAAGAUCAGCUGUAUCAAGAAAUUAUCCAUUACUUUGACAAGGGCAAGAUGUGGGAAGAGGCCAUUGCCUUGGGCAAAGAACUGGCAGAACAGUAUGAAAAUGAAAUGUUUGAUUAUGAACAACUCAGUGAACUGCUGAAAAAGCAAGCACAGUUCUAUGAAAACAUCGUGAAAGUGAUAAGACCUAAACCAGAUUACUUUGCUGUUGGAUACUAUGGCCAAGGAUUCCCUACAUUUCUACGGAACAAAGUGUUCAUUUACCGGGGGAAGGAAUAUGAACGUCGUGAAGACUUUGAAGCAAGGUUAUUAACCCAAUUUCCAAAUGCCGAAAAAAUGAAGACAACAUCUCCACCAGGCGAUGAUAUUAAAAACUCCCCUGGUCAAUAUAUUCAGUGUUUUACUGUAAAACCAAAACUUGAUUUACCACCCAAAUUUCACAAGCCGGUAUCAGAGCAAAUUGUAAGUUUCUAUAGGGUGAAUGAGGUCCAACGAUUUGAGUAUUCACGGCCUGUCCGAAAAGGAGAGAAAAACCCAGAUAAUGAAUUUGCGAAUAUGUGGAUUGAGAGAACCAUCUAUGUGACAGCAUAUAAAUUACCAGGGAUUUUAAGAUGGUUUGAAGUCAAAUCAGUUUUCAUGGUUGAAAUCAGUCCACUGGAAAAUGCAAUAGAAACUAUGCAGUUAACAAAUGAUAAGAUCAAUAAUAUGGUUCAACAACAUUUGAAUGAUGCAGAUCUACCUAUUAACCCCCUCUCUAUGCUACUUAAUGGCAUUGUGGAUCCUGCAGUCAUGGGAGGAUUCACAAACUAUGAAAAGGCUUUUUUUACUGAAAAAUACAUGCAUGAGCAUCCAGAAGAUCACGAAAAGAUAGAAAAACUAAAGGACCUCAUAGCAUGGCAGAUUCCAUUCCUGGCAGAAGGUAUCCGAAUUCAUGGAGAGAAAGUAACUGAAGCGCUAAGGCCAUUUCAUGAGAGAAUGGAGGCCUGUUUUAAGCAGCUUAAAGAAAAAGUGGAAAAGCAAUACGGUAUCAGAACAAUUCCCUCAAGUUUGGAUGAUAGACGAGGCAGUCGGCCAAGGUCUAUGGUUCGAUCAUUCACAAUGCCUUCAUCUUCAAGACCUUUAUCUGUUGCAUCAGUGUCAUCUGUCUCGUCAGAUAGUACCCCUUCCAGACCUGGCUCCGAUGGGUUUGUGCUUGAACCUCUUCUGCCAAAAAAGAUGCAUUCUAGGUCUCAAGAUAAAUUGGACAAGGAUGACCUAGAUAAGAAGGAAAAGAAGAAGGAAAAAAGGAACAGCAAACACCAGGAGAUAUUUGAUAAAGAGUUGAAAUCUACCGAUAUUUCUCUGCAACAAUCUGAAGCAGUGAUCCUUUCAGAAACGAUCAGUCCACUGAGACCACAAAGACCAAAGAGCCAAGUUAUCAAUGUCAUUGCAAGUGAAAGACGUUUUUCUGUCUCUCCGUCAUCUCCAGCUUCUCAGUCAACACCACCUCCAAUCACUCCAAGGGCCAAACUUCCUUUCAAUUUACCGUCCAAUCUGGAGCUGAAUGGGGUGUCUAGUUUGGAAAUGGCAGACAUUCCUCCUCCUCUGCCUCUCAAAGGUAGCAUGGCAGAUUAUGGAAAUCUCAUGGAAAAUCAAGAAUUGAUUAGCCCUACAACACCCCCCGCUGCACAUCAAAGGCACCUGCCACCUCCAUUACCCAGCAAAACUCCACCACCGCCUCCUCCAAAGACUACUCGAAAGCAAACAUCUGUUGACUCUGGGAUUGUCCAGUGAACAAGAAAGCAUUUCUCCAAAGAAAAAAGCUGUAAUAUUUCAUUUCCCUAAAUAUUUUAAGGUAUAUAACGGUUACCUCAUUCACGCCUGUAAUGUCUAAUGUUUAGUGAAAUGAUUCUAACUCUGAAUGGAACUCAUUUGUAACAGUAAAUCAGUUUUCUAAACAGAUCAUGCCACUGGAAUAAAGCUGUCACAGGAUAAUGGUGACCAAUUGUUUGGGAGGAGCUUGCAACCUAUUUUCAAAGCAAGGGGGCAUUUGUCAACUGACAAUACACUAUUCCCUAUUCCAGAACAUUUUGCUUUGUCAUACCAAACUACUUAACAGAAAAUAGAAAUGGAUACUGGUGUGUAAAAAUGACAGUUGGGCAUUAUGGGCCUGAUCCCAACACCUAUGGAAGUCCGUGAGACAGGGCCGGCUCCAGGCACCAGCUUUCCAAGCAGGUGUUUGGGGCAGCAUUCAGAAUGGGGCGGCAGUCCGUGUCCCGCGGUGGCAAUUCGGCGGCAGUUCCGCCGCUCUUCCAGGCGCGGCAGCAAUUCGGCGGCAGCUCCACCGCUGUUGCGGCGGCGGCAAUUCGGCAGCGACUGCUUGGGGCGGCAAAAUUGGUAGAGCCGCCCCUGCCGUGAGAAUACUCACAUGGAUUUCAGUGGGCAUUGUAUUGCGCCUAAUAACAAUACUAAGAAGCAGCAUUAUGAUGGCUUCAAAUAACAAACGUGUUCAGCGCAUCACACAUUCAGAAACCUGAUUUUUCUGUAGCUUUUUUAAUUGCUCUGUGUUAUAAAUAAGCUGAUUUCUGAUGGACUUUUUUAAAACUUUCAUUAUUGGUUAGCUGCUCCUCCUUCUGUCUGAUACCAUUUUAAACUAAGAUAACUUUAGCUACUGAACAGGCACUAAUUUAUAGGAAAAGAAACCAAGUAUACGAAUAUGGGACCUGAUGUGAUUCUACAACUGAACAGUUGAACAUAAGAACGGGAAGAGCUUUUUUUUUUUUAAUGUGUAAUAUUUUAGGUGGAUUAGGACAAAUUGAAUGUUAUCUUUUUGUCCCUGUGUCAUCAUUUUGUACAGAAGUUUGUAUAUAUGACGGUUCUUAGAAUGUUUUUAAUUUUUGCUGCCUGCUUUUCAUAUAAUAAUGAUUUAAUGUAUCUGCAAAUGAUUCCAUAUAUGUUUUUAAUUUUAACUGCUGGAAGUGUAUAAAUCGCUAACUUUUUAUUUUUUUCAAAAAUUGGCAUCUGAAAAUAUUGGACAAUGAUAAGGGAAAAGAAAAGGAAAGUCACUUUUUUUUUUUUUUAAUUCUUCUGUGUUUUUUAUUGCCCUCACACUAUAUAUUUUUUACUAUCUACAAUCUUUAUAAUCUUAUAGUGGAUUGUUUUAAAUACAUCACUGACUCAAAAUAUUAAGGAUUAUUUUUUAA